ACCUCAUUCGCUUGCUUGCUCUCAUGCGGGACGGUUGUGUUUCUGGUGCAUGGUUAGUGAUACGCAUAGGUAGAAAAAGAAUGUCUGUAGUGUGUGCUAUUUAAAUGCAUUUAGUGUGACCAAGGCGGAUAGUGUGCAGUGAAAUUCGCGGGAAUUGCUCUUCCAAGUUACAGUUAGCGACAUUUCGCAAUAAGACGUGUGGAAUAAAUAAUUUUCUUUUCAUUGCUUUGGUGUUCUCUGGUGGACUUCCUCCUUAGAUCCAGACUUACGAAUACUUUGAUACAGUUACUACCAGAUACAACUUGGAGCACGCAUCGAAACGGUCAGAUGUUGCCAAUGGCAAUGUGCAAAAAAAUUGUCCAACAAGCUCGAGGGUGAGCAUGACUAGAUUGUGUUGGAGCAGCACUUUUAUGUGAAUUUCAUACCAAAGGCCUAAAAUUUACUCAAAUGGAACCUCAAGAUCUCGCAACAGCGAAUUUGAUCAUAAACGAGCUUCGUUCUAAAUGUCGUUUGCAGGCUGAACAAAUUUUGGCGUGGAAGAAAGCUUACACCUAUGAGGUGGAAGUAAAUUGCAGAACCAAGAAGGCACGCAAUGAUCAAAUAAACAUCCUAACGAGUCAAUUAAUCUUACUGGAGUCACGGUUAAUAAAGAAGCAGAAACAAAUAUCAAAUCUACUAUGUCAACGGGAGCAGACAAUUCAUCGUCAGCAGAAAUUUAUAGAUUCACUAUGUUCCCAACUGAGUGAACAUGGUCUGGAUAUUCCAGAUGCCAGCUACAUGAAUUUAGAUUCGCUAAAUGACUCAGAUUCGGCCGUUGUGCUGGAUGACAUUGAUUCAGAUUGCAAUAGUUCGAUUAUCAUGAAACGAAAGCCGUAUCCUUCGGACGUGACAGUUGUGCGAUCGAUAUCGGAUGCCAUUGAGACAAAUUUAAAAUAUUCAUCUGGCCGUCGGAGCAAUUGCUACUUGAAAAGGCCCGACAUUUUAGAGACUGUAUAUAGUGUUGAGGAGGAUUCUGAGCCAAAUCAGACACCACAGAGUGGGAAUAAUGUAUCGGAGAAGCGGGAUAAAUUCAAAAGUCGCUCUGAGAAAAUUAUUGCGGCUGACGAUGAAAAUAAUUCUGAAUCAAUUGAUGUGAAUAGGUAUUCGGGAACGGAUAAUUUCAACAAUAACUGCAACACUUCCAUUCCUGGAAAAUCAUCGCCCGUAGUCAAUUACAAUAGAGUCAUGUUGAAUCAUAGGUCAAUUACACGCCCCAAAGAUGUCAAAUACAAAAGGAUUAACAAGGCAAAAUCUAAAAGUUUGGAGGAACUGAGGGAUAAACUGAAAUACUGGAUUGAUCGAGGAUCCAGUGCUGAGCAUUUUCAUUGUGCUGAAAGCCAAGGAUCUCAGAGUUAUGCCUGAUUGAUGUGCCUUCGUCUCGAUUCACAUCGCAGACGAAUGGAUACAAUCUAAAAAAAAAAAACAAACAAGAAAAAAGGAGCACCCGCCUAAAAAAUCGCUAAAAAACACCACAAAAAUUUAACAUUAUAAAAUGUUUAGACUGUAAUACAGUGCACCUCUUCCACGCACCUUUUACCAUUAUUUUGUGAAUCCCGCAGAAGAACACUUGUGCACAUUUGUGUACAGAUAUAUUGUACAAUUUAGGGUUGUUAAGACAGUUCAUGCGAUAUGAAGAAGUACAAUUGAGCAUGGAAGUAAUAUGACUAUAAUAUGCUUUAUGUUUUAGAAAAAAAUGCCAAUUCAUAAAAUUUUCUACAUAAAAAACUUCAAUUUGAAUUGUACUUUCAGAGAAAGCACCAUGAAGAAUAAACUUAUUUGAGAAGAUCUUUUGAAAACAGUAUAAAAUUUUAUUCAUAGAGUUUCCUAAAGAAUAGCAGCAAUAUGCAAGACGUCUUACAUAAACAGGAAUAUACUUGGAAGAAUUUUGCUGCACAGAAGAUUUUCAGAUAUAAAAUUUAAGUAGCCCAAGGGAGUUCUUUCAAACAGGAAAGGGGUUAUAGUAGAGAAUGAGGUUACGUUUUGCAAUAACCUCAAAUUACCCUGAAAUCAUCUUGGAUUACGGUAAAUUAAGCUAAUUCAAAACCUGCUCCAAAUGGAAAUUUUUCGCUACUCCAAAUGGAAAAGUCAUUGUUUUCAUGAUAAAUACAGUACUAAAUUAUUAUAUUUAUAUAUUUUCUAUAACACAGUUUCAUUAUUUAGUUAAUUUUGCUCCAAAUAAAGCGAAAAUCUAUUGAUAUUCACAUAUUUUAAUUUGAUAAUUUCUCAGAAAAAUUAAAAGUGUACCUUUCCACCAUCGAAUUUUCCAUCGAUCGACCAUGUUUUCUAAUGAAAAACACAAUAUGGUGACUGUUGUUUAUUCGUUUUGUUUAACCCUUUAACGACAAGACACUUUUUUCGGACUGAAAAUCAACAAUAAAAAUUAAACUGGGAAACAUAAUCAAUGAUAAGUCUUACAUCUUACCUUGGAAAGUCGAACAGAGUCUGAUUCGGUGUAUUUUGUGCUUCUUGAACGAUAGGGACAAAAAUAGCCCAAAAAUUUAAGUAACUUUUCUGACAAUACCAAUGAAUAAUAUUUUUCGCUUUAAUGAAAAAUAUUACGUAUCAGUAUUGUAGUUUUUAUUGCCAAAAGGGUUUUGCUUAUAAAAUAUUAGUAGUAUAAAAAAUAAAUAAAAUCAAUUAUGAAUUUGAGAAUUUAAAAAUUCGCCAUUUUUGAGCUAAAAUAUUUACUACAUAGCAAAUAGCUAGAGACUUGCAAAAAUUAUUAUAGAAUCCUUCAACCUUCUACUUUACAAUUAUUUACAGACAUAAGAAAAAAAAAUAACUUUAGAUGGUCUGGAAAAAUUAUUUUCUUUAUGGGACACCGGUGUUCCAAUCGUCCUUAAAGGGUUAACAUUUCUCAUUUUUCUGGAUAAUUUUAGUUAAAUUAAGUCCUAAUCUUUAUUGUUAACGGUACGUGAAGUUUUCAAAUGAAAUAAUUACCUAUUUCGUGAACAAAAAGGGUUUUUCUGAAGUGUCUGCAAAUGCUUUAAUAGAAAACCCCGGAAAUAUGAUUUUUAUUGGAGAGAUUUUCAUAUUGUUUUAGAUGGGAAAGGACAGAAUACCAGGAAUAAAAACAAAUCCUGCACUCAAGACCAACUCAACAAGGUUUUGGAAGCCUUUCGUCGCAGUUUCAGUUACACUGUUUGUCUCCAAUUAGAAACUUUCCCGUGUCUCCAUUUGGAUUAAUUUGUUUCCAAUAGAAGCAUUUUACACUCGCGUAUUUUUCUUCUAUUUAAGAAGUUUUCAAAUUAUAUCUAAAGAAUUUUCACUAAAUAGUAACAUUCUAGAAGAGUCAAGGACCAAAUUUAUGUAAUUCUUUCCAGAAAAAAUAUGAACUUAAUGCGUUGAAUCUUCUGUCAAAGUUAAAGCGUCUGAAUAUGGUUUUGAAUUAGGACAUUUACCCUAAUUAAAGUUUCUCACGCGAUUUUUUUUUAAACUGCUUUUCAACAUUUUUUGGGGGGUUUGAAUUUUGAACUCCACAAGAUAGCCUUUAAAAUUGAUAUAUUAUUCUUAAAAAGUCGUCAGUUUGCAAGAGUUGAAUAAGUUCUUAAAUAAAAACUGACUAAAACUUAACUGGUACAAAAGAAUAUCAGAAACACUGAAUAAUUUAAAAAUGUACAAUUUAAACAUUCCAGAAAAGUAAAGGUGAUACUGGAAAAUGAGGUUAUGUUUAGAAAUAACCUUAAAUUAUCCUGAAAUAGCCUUAAAAUGAGCUUGAAAUAAUUUUGCGGUUCACACAAAAUUCCGGUGCAGAAAUAAUUUGGUAAUAAUCUUUUUCCGAACAACUUUGUUUUGAGCCCCUCAAGGUGACCCUUUAGAAUUAUUUAAUUUUUUAAAGAAACAUUAAUUUGCAAGGUUAGAAUACAGUCUUGUAAAAAGGGUUCUCAAAAACACUGAAAAAAUAUAGAUAUAAAUUUUAAACACCCUGUGAAGGGUUCCGGAACAUAAGAGGUGAUACAGUAGACUCUCUCUCAAUUGGGCAUUUGGGGCAAAAUGUCAUUCGGUUUAUCGAUAGAUUUUGGCGUCACAUCCUUUGUAAAUUCCACAAAAAAUGCUCAAUUAUAAAGAAUCACGAUGAAAUAGGAAGAACUACAGCGAAUUUGAGCGAAUUAGCUUGAUAAUUAAAUGUGAAAAUUGUCAACAAAAUUUUUCGACCGAUUCAGAAAGAACCGAUUGAUCGAGAGUCUACCGUAUUAUAAUAUGAGGUUAUGUUUAGAAAUAACCUUAAAUUACCUUGGAAUAACUUUGUAGCCAAACACAAGUUUCCUGUUCAGAAAUAAUUUAAUACUCCAUCCGUCCCGAAAAGACUCCUUUGCUGGUACAUUUUGUAUGAAACAAUGUACGACUUCUUUUUGGGACAGCGGGAGUAUACUUCUGAACAACUUUGUGUUUUGAACACCACAAGUUGACCCUUUAAAUUUAUUUAAUUUGUGAUUUUUUGCAAGAUUUGAAUAAGUUCUUGUUUUGAAAAGGAAACUCACAAAUUAAUAAAUAAUUUGAUAAAUAAACUUGCAAUAUUUUGGACUAAAUUUCGUAAAAGAAAAACGUUGCAUUGGAAAAUGGGGUUAUUUUUUAGAAAUAACACUAAAACGUCUUGAAAUAACCUUAAAAUGACCUUGAAAUAACUUUAUAGUAGAGACAAGUUUCCUGUGCAGAAGUAGUUUGGUAAAAUACCACUUCAGCACGACUUUUAUUUGAACUUUGAACCUUACAAAAACUGACUCUUUAGAAUUAUUUAUUUUUUUUAAAGAAACAUUACUUUGCAAGAUUUGAAUAAGUUCUUGAAAAAACAGCAUUCAGUCAAAAGAAGGCUCAUGAAAUAAUAAAGAAUUUGAUAAAUAACAUUGCAAUAUUUUGGAGGAAAUUUCUUUAAAGAAAAAAAUUGUAUUGGAAAAUGAGGUUAUGUUUAGAUAUAACCUCUUAAAGUAAUAUCAAAUUGAAUUAUUCUUCUGUGCAGAAAUUGAUCCUUAAAGUGGUUUGAUUAACCAAUAACCUAGAAUGGCAUCUUUCAUAAGAGCCUGUACACAUUGGAAGCAAUUUUCGUCAAAAAAUUCUUGGAAACGUCAAAAUUCUGUCAAAAAUGCAAUUUUUGACGAAUAUCGCUCUGAACGCAUAGAGGCUUCAAGGCAAAUUUACUGUUUUGAUACAAUACAGAUUAAAGCUUUUUGCAAUAUAAUCAUUCAAAUUCAAAUCAGCAGCAAAAAUAGAAAAUUAUCAGAAAUUUAUCAGCAGCAAAAAUAGACUUUUUAGGUUAUGUCAUUCCUAGAAGAAAAAGUGAUUUUAAAAUACUGCUGUUCGUUCAAGAACUUUCCAUGAUUUAUUUUUUGGAUUAUUUGCUUUAAUUGCACGAACUGAAUAAACAACCCAUUUGAAGUAAAAUAAAUUUGUAUUUAAACACACUUAAGAAAAGUUAGAUAAGAAAAAAAAUUAUAAAAUCACAUUGUUUCAAAACAGGUUUACAAAUUUAACUAUAAUUGUUAAUAAAAACAAAAUGUAAUAAUAUUUAAAAUGCGAUUUGUGAAUUGGAAAAAUCUUGUGAAGACUAUUAGACAAUCAAGCAAGGAAACAUAAAUAUUUUUUUCCUGAAUUUUUAAGGGUCUUUUAAAUUUAAAUCUGUUAUAAAAUGCAAAUUGAGUGAGAUUUUUGAUCUUGAAAUCCAUUGAGCAAUUGAAAUUUAACAUCAUUGAAGCUUUACUAUCGGUUUGUUGAAACUUUAUGACAAUUACAACGUAACAUUUUAUUAAAAAAGGAAAGUUAUGCCACAUUGUUUUUAUUUUGGUCAAAAGAGUCUUAUGGAAUGUUAGGUUAUGUUAAACAUAACCUAAAAAAUAUAAGGGUAUUUUGAUUAGAAAUGCUACUUUUUUGUCAUUCCAAAAAGCAUAUUUAAGAGGUAAUUAGUGUUAUUUUAUGUUUAUUGACGGUUGAAAAAAGCUGUAUACAAUUAUCUGUUAGUUCCCAAGACUGUCAAAAGUGUUGAGAGAGUCUAGUUACUUAUAGAUCCUGUUUGAUCAUUCCAGAAAGCGAGACAGCUAUAAAAGUACAAUAUUAAUAUUACUUUUGAUAAUAUGUUAAAAGAACGUCUAAGAUAAAUAUUAGAACUUCCUUUUUUGAUUAACCUUUUUUGAGGUUAAAUCUUUUGUAACCUAAAUUUAUUUAAGAUUGAAUCAAGUUUAAAUUUUUUUCUCGUUUCUCAAAUAAUCAAAUUAUUGAUUACAAAAUAAUUGUUAGAUAUAUGAAGAAGUAUUAAAUCUUUUUUUUUUCAAAUAUAUCAAAUUUAUUUUGAGGUUAGGUUCAAGAUAACCAUAACCAAACAUUUCAGAAUGAAAUCUUUUCGACCAAAUUAGAUCAUAAAUGGCAUGUUUAAUAAUUUAUUGGUAAGCAAGAAAAACUCUUCGUGAUAUUUUUGAAAAAGAUAUUUUAUUGAAAUACAAACUAUAUUGUAUACAUUGAAUUUAUAUAUAAACAUACUAUAUAUAUAAAAAGGCAAAUGUUUCAUGAAAUGAGACUAAUAAAAUCAUGCGAUAGCUUAAUAUGAUGUAUGAUACAGCUUUGAAUGUUCAGUCCUAUUGUAACCUUCAAUAAUUUCUCCAGUAAGUGUUUAACUUAUCUGCAACAAUGUGUUUUUUUUUAAAUUUAUUUAUAAAAAAAAGUGAAAUUUUAAAUACUUUCGCGUCCCUUUUUUGUGAUUCAUUGAAUUAUUAAAUUGAAUUUUCUAUACAAAAAUUUUUGUAUCAUGACAAAAUACAAUAAUUUAUUGGAAUUUGUCUGUACAAGAAAUGAACAAGUACCUAAUUACACUGUAAUUUAAUUUAUUUGUGUAAAAUAAAAUUAUAUAUUUUGUAGGCGGAUACAAUUAAUAUAUUUUAAAAUGGCAUUAAAUGCUUGUAAUAUAUUUAUAUACAUACAAAACAAUUUUUUUUUUCGAGAAACUGAUAGAAUAAUAUACUGUAGAAUCAUAUAUUUAUUUUAUCAUAACACUAUAAAAUUAAAAGAAAACAAAACAGUGAAAAAUAAAAAGCUUAACUAUAUCAAUGUCAAGAAUA